AUGCCUUCCUACUUCUACCACUUGACAUUCGAGUUGUACCCUACGCCGACACCAAAUAUUGAGAAACCCUUCGCCAUCGGAUCUACGAGGAAUAUCUGGCUGCCGACCGAAGAAUCCGACCUGUUCCAGGAGCUCCCGUCGCAUCCUCGGCCAGUGGAACACAAGAAGAAGGCCCAGCCCAUCCUUCCGCCCUUGAACAGCUGGCACGGACUCGCGCAGACGUCGAUAUCAGGGAGAAGCGCUGGAGGGUCGUCUCUAGACCCCAGCGCCAUAGACUGCGGCACGCCGCGUGCGCCCGACAAAGAAAACGGGCGGAAAUUCGAACGAUACACAGAGCGACAGUGGCCCGGAGGGCUCCCAAGCUCCCCACCACCACCUUCUGCCGCAGCGGCACUCGGGCCCCAGACUGCGAUUAGAGACUGGCGGUUUGGGCGAGUGAGCGUCGAGACGGUCGAUCUGGUGAGCAUGGAGUCUGGGGAGGCGAGCAGAGCCGGCCCCUCUGCUGCGCCCUCGCUUGGUCCGACUCUGAGGGGCGCCGGGACGACGAAUAAGGCAGAAUGCCUCCCACUCAAUACGAAGAACACGGAGCUGGGCUGGGGCGUGGUGCACUUCUAUCGCGAGGGCGAGGAGUCUCCUUCCCUGGACCUGCUUCAGGAUGAGAAUGCGCCGGGCGAUGGUGUUUCGGGGCAGCAGGCUGGCGAGGACUGCACCACGCUCUGUAUACCUGCUGUUCCCGCGUACAUGUCGCCGAGCGACUUUCUGGGCUUCAUCGGCGAGAAGUGGAAAGCUGAUAUCGGGCACUGUCGCCUGGUGAUGACCUCCAGGAUGAAUAGAUACUUGGCGUUGUUAAAGUUCCGAGAUAACGAAAGAGCAAAGCUUUGGAAGAAGGAGUUUGAUGGAAGAGUCUUCAAUACCAUGGAACCUCAGACAUGCCAUAUUGUGUUCGUGAGAAAGAUAACCUUCAGAAAACCGACGCAACCAACGAUCGAUAUUCCCGUUGCGGCCUCCUCCUCUUCAGUUUCGAAUACUCUAAAGCCGUUUCCCCCACCUACACCCGAUCUUAUUGAACUGCCAACAUGCCCGGUUUGUUUGGAAAGGAUGGAUGAGACCAACGGGUUGAUGACAAUCCCGUGCUCCCACGUUUUCCACUGCACUUGCUUACAGAAUUGGAAGGGCGCUGGCUGCCCUGUCUGUCGGUUCACGAAUGCCUCGCAGAGCGGGGCAUACGAUCCUGCGGACCCAUACACUCAACCGUUCGGAACAUCCGUGUCCAACUUAUGCAGUAUAUGCGAUUCUACCGAUGAUCUGUGGAUAUGCCUCAUCUGUGGCCAUGUAGGCUGCGGCCGUUACAAGGGCGGUCACGCCAAGGAUCACUGGAAAGAAACGGCUCACAGUUUUUCGCUCGAGCUGGAGACUCAGCAUGUGUGGGAUUACGCGGGCGAUAUGUGGGUGCACCGGCUGAUACGGGACAAAGGAGAUGGUAAAGUCGUCGAGCUUCCAGGCCGUAGCCACCAUGACCACCGGGACCAGCAGCGACUAGAGGAUGAGGAUGUCGUGCCGCGUGCCAAGCUGGAGAGCAUCGGCCUCGAGUACACCCACCUCAUUACCAGCCAACUAGAAUCACAACGGGCCUACUACGAAGAAAUGAUCAAAAAGGUUGUAGACAAGGCUUCCAAGGCAACUGCUACAGCCGAGGCUGCCGCUGCCGAAGCUUCGCAGGCCACACAAAAGCUCUCGCUGCUCAGUGAGAAGUAUGAUACGUUGACUAAGGAGACGAUCCCCCAACUGGAGAGAGAUAUCGAGAGGGAGAAGAAGCGCGCUGCCAAGAGUCAGGAGCUGGCCCGCAAUUUAGGAAAGUCGACACAGGAGGAGAAGCGACUGAAUGAGGGGUUGAUGAAGCGUAUCGAGCACCUGAGUACGGAUAACGAAGCAGUGCGGAAGCAGAUGGAAGAGCUCAAGGUGGAAAAUGAAGAGCUCAAGGAGAUGAACAGGGAUUUGUCUAUGUUCAUCUCUGGACAGGAGAAGUUGAAAGAGAUGGAGACUGAGGGACAGUUAGGCGAAGGGGAGAUAGAAGGUGGCACGGCGAGUGUUCCCGAGAAGAAAGGAAGGCGAAGAGGAAAGAGAUGA